AAAAACACUUUCCGGGACCCCCCCUUCGCAGACAGGAAGUUGCCUUUGUUGACUCGUCAAGGAAAAAGCAAGAUGGCUAACCUGGACGUGGAGGAUUUUAUUCAGCAAAACAGAGCUUUGGCGGACCAGGUAGAAACAUUUCGAGGUUACUGGGAGAGUGAAAAACACUGGCAGGCCAGGAGGGAGUUCAUACUACGGAACAUAAGCGACUUUGAGGACCCUCAUCUGGACCACCUGAUCUCCCUGUCCAUGGUCUGGGCUAACAACGUCUUCCUCGGCUGUCGGUAUAGCACAGAGCUCCUGGAGAAAGUCAAGGAAAUGGCUGAAGGCGUCGUGGUGGAGGACGCACCGGUCUUCAAGACAAGAGAUGAGAUUAUGAAGAAGCAACAGGGUCGAUGACCGGCUCAUUCGCAUUAUCCCUUCUGGUCACGUUGGAUCAAGCCUGAAGACUGAUGGGACUCAGCUGUUACGUACAUGUAUACAGGCUGCGAUUUUAACAAGUCUGGCCACAUUUCACAUGGUGAAAUACAAUCUUACACUGUUUAUCAACAGUGUAAGAUUGUAACACCAUGAUGGUAACAGAUGUGAUCAGAGUG